AUGAAAUCAUCUAAUAAUUAUGCUAUUGAACUGCAAGGUAAUUAAAUAUCAAAAGUAAACGAGGAAGAUGCUUAACAAUAAGAUGAAAAACUUUAAAAUUUGCUUUAUACAACCCCAGAAAUUAGAAAGCAUAAUAAAAUGAAGUCAACAAUACUUUAAGGUUCAAAAUAGAAUGCUUUUGAAGAUAGCAGGGUUACAAGACUUUAUUUUGAAAGAUAUAGAGUCUUAGAAUUGGGUAGAAUGUGGACAAUUUGUGCAAGUAUUAUUCUAAUGAUUCUUGAAGUAAUGUUUGAUAUAUAUAAUAGUAUGAAGUUUCAUUUGCCUAUUAAUUAUAGGAUACCUACCAAGAAGAGAUUAAAGUACUAUUAUAUCUGAUUGUUUUCCUCACAAUUAUAACUAGUAAAUUGUUAAUCUUAUAUAGUUAUAAUGACAAUAAUGUCAUAUUUAGCCGAACUCGAAUUUAAGAAAUGCUCUCUGGCAAUACCUAAGGCUUCCAAUAUAUUUUAAACUAAUCUCAUAUUUCUUUUGUUAAUUGAAACAACAAUAUUACUACCUUGUCCAACACCAUUUACUAAUGGAUAUAGUGUUUCAUUUUCUCAAAGAUAUUCUGAUUAACCGAGAUUUUAUUUUGUAAAUGAGAUACUUACUUUUGUAAUGCUAUUUAGAUCCUUACUUAUUUUAAAUAUAGCAUUUAAAUUCCAACCUUUUUAUUCAAAUAGAGUCAAUAGAUUAUGGUAUUACAUAAUUUCAUUAUAGUGGCAUAUAUUCAGUUGACUUUGGUCCUCAUUUUAUUUUUAAAGUAACAAUUAGAGAACAUCCCUAUUCAACUCUAUGGGGUCUAUUUUGUAUUGGAAUUUUCUUGUUUUCUUAUCAACUAGAAAUUUCAGAAAGAUCAUUACUCAGAACUACAACUGAAAUUGAUCAUUACAACAUAAAUAAUUCUUUAUGGGUUUGUAUGAUUACGUUAUUUACAGUUGGAUAUGGAGAUCUAUUCCCAACUACUGAACUUGGAAGAUUUGCUUUGACUUUAGGCUUAUUUUAUGGUGUAGCAUUGACUUCACUUUUUACAGCUAUAUUAUAUGCUGAUUUAUAGCCAUUUAUUUCAGAAUUAAGAUCUAUUACUUUAUUAGAUAAAGCUAGUAUCAAAAUGGAAAUUAGAUAAGUUGCUGAAAGAAUUUUAUUCAAUUUUUAUAAGUUAAAAACUUCUAUUCAAAAAGAAUAAAUAAAAAAUAUUUAGAAAGAUCCUCAAACUUUGAAUAGAAUUGGUUAGAUCUAAAUCUUUUUGUAAGAAGGAUUAUAACUUAAAAGGUAUUCAUAUAUUUAUUAUUAUUAAAGAAAUUAUAGAUCAAUAGACAAUGAAGAUUUUAUUACUAUAGCUGACAGAUAUUUUAAGGAUAUGAAUUAUAGGAUUGAAGAAUUAAAAAAUAUGUUUAAAAAAAUGAAAUCUCAAUAAUUAUCUAUCAAUUAAAAUGACACUUCUAAAAUUAGAUCCAUAUAAAAAUAAUGUCAUACAAUUACUCAUUAUGAUGGAAAUAGCAAAGAUGAUCAGUAUUUUGAAUAAUUAAUUGAUUUUGAAUCUGGUGAUUAAAAACUUAUGUAAUUUAAUGAUGAUGAAUGA